AUGGAAAUGUCUCAAGCAGUUAUGGCGAUGGCCCCUCCUCCCAUAUCCGACCUUUCGUAUCGAAGCGGACAAGCUGAUCAACAGCAGUUUGCAAGCAGGAGAAACAAACCGUUGAACCAGGGCAAAUUGCCCCUUAUCGUCGACAUUGCGCUCGAUGCCGACGGCAAGCAACUAUACCAAGUCCAUGAGACCUCGAGUCUCGUCAGGGAAGCCAUGCCCAUUUCAAACAAUUUUUCCCAUGAUUUGGGCGACUCGGCUUUCUUUACGCAAAACGUUGAUGCUGCGAGGGACGGAAAUAUUCUGCCUAGAACAGUCUUGGGGAUAUCGCACUCGGCACAUUAUGAAAUGAGGAAUUUGCAUCUCGAGUUGCGGGGUUCGGCCGCUAACUUGGACGGUGAAAGUCUCGGUGUUAGAACUGACGGAAGCUUGGACCACGAAAGUGUUAAUCUUCACCAAGGUCAAGCUCAACUUGAUGAUGUCCGGGACGAUGAGAUCUGGUCGAGCGACGUUGAAGAAGCAUUGGAAGAAGUAUUGCAAAUAAUCCCCAAAAACGGCUUGAGCAAAAUCAAGAUUGCCGGGCGGUCGUGCGGCCGCAACGAGUUGAUCUCCGACUACAUCUUUAUGAAGACGGGCAAGCGCAGAACCAGAAAGCAAGUGUCGUCGCAUAUCCAAGUGAUCAAGAAUUUGGAGCAGAACCACGCCUUGAUUGAAUUGAUCAAUGAGGGCCCCAAAUACUCAGAUGAGAUGGGUGAGCGCGAAGCCAUCAAGAGAUUUGAAAAAGUAUUUCACAAGAUCAACUUGACCAAGUCGUUGGGCUUCAGCCAUGCGUCAAAGAGAAAGAUCGGCAUUGCAGACGAGAUGAACGAAUUGGAUGAGGUGAGUCAGCUUCGUUUACCGGAUUUUAAGAAACGGAAAGAAGAAAAGCGCAAUAAGCUGAACAGAGUCAAGCUCAAGAGUUUCUUUAUGUCGGUGCAUGACCAAUAUUCCCGGCCAGCCAUUUUCACAGUCCAGCGCGAUGCCAAUAGUGGUAGUGGUAGUGGUAGUGGUGGUGACAACGACAGGGAGAUCGAGACGUUGGUGUUAUCUGAUGACUCAAUCUUGAACUCGCGGUUUCCAGGCCUAGAGCAGUUCAUGAGCUGUCCACGCAUCCCAAAAGUGCACAACAUGGUCAAGAUUUUCCUUUCCGACAGCGUCACCAGUUCUCAGAUUGAAGCGGGCUUCAAAUCAAACUACAGGUUGACAAAUGAUGACGGAAAUUACUCUACCGCAGAGCACGGGCAUCUGAAUCCACCCUGCCUCAAUUUAUUCACCUGCGUGUUUUCCUAUGGGAAACAAGUUUUGAAACUUCAUGAAACUGGGAUCCAAUUGAAUGAAAACCGCGAGUUCCUUGCCAAGUUUUGGAAGUUUUUCUUUAGCACCCACGCCAGCAAGUCGUACUUUGAAAUAGGCAGCGCCUUGAAAGGAAUCACCAUCAAGCAAGUAAUUUACGACGCCACGGGGUGGAAACAGGAAGGCGAGGCGAGCUUGGUGUCGAAAUCGAGAGUCAACAUUGUGCUCCUUUGGGAAUUCGCCAAGGUGAAGGAGAUGGAGGACGCAUGCACCACUACAAGCUUAUUGACAUUGCAACCGCACAACACCCCUACCGCCAGCGCCGCCACAGACGCUACCAUCAGGGCAUCCUGGGAAGAUGUGAUGGAGCAGAGAAUCGAACACGAGCAAAGACGCUGUGUGAGCGACUCGACUGACGCCACAACAGUCUUCAGCCUUGGCCACGCGGCGCCAGCCAUCACCACCGCCACAGUCACCACUGCCACCGCCGCCACUACUGCCGCCGAUGCGUCGCUUUACCCCGAAUACGUCCCGGACAAGAACCAGCAGCAAGCUUCGAAUUUCUACAACCAUGCCCUGGCGCAGCUGCUAGAUCCCUACUCCGCUGCAUCAUACCUCAACAACCAUCAUCAUCACCAUCAUCAACAUCAUCCGGCGCAAGAAUUUCUGGGUGACAGAGGUCAUGAAAGUAACAAUUAUGCGCUCGGCUCAUCGUAUUACCAGGCACCUGCAGUCGCUGACAAUAUGUACGGUUCCUUCUAG